AAAAAAAAAAACUACGGAAAAGGCAAAAAAAAACCUCAGUAAACAACUGCUACUAGUAUACAUUUGUCAAAUAUUACGAGCUCUUUCAAUUCUUUGACUUAAGGAAAGAAGUACAAGUCAUUCCGUACUGAAUCUUCAAUUUCAUCCAUAGCAAAAAACCAUGGAAAUAAUAGAAGAAAAAAGAAUAGAAGAAGUAUUAUCAUUUCCAAUUCUCUUAUCCGACCGUAUUCGACAAGCAUCCGAUGAAUCCCACUUCUUUAAAACCGACUGUUCCGAGGUUGCUAAACAAGCCGACCGGUUAUGUCAAAUGCUCCGUUCUAUCGCCCGGUUCAACACCACCUCAACCGGUUCACUUUACGAACGUCCUGUUCGUCGUAUCAUUGCUGACGUGUCCAAGAAUCUUGACCGUGGUUUAACCCUAGUUAAGAAAUGUAAACGAAGGGGUAUACUACGUCGUGUUGUUCGAAUGGUAACAAAAGAUGAUUUUCGUAAGGUAAAUAAUCUUCUAGAAUCUUCUAUAGCUGAUAUGACGUGGCUACUUAGUAUAUUUGAAUCUGAUAAUGGUGGUAUUGUUCUUUCACUUCCACCGAUUGCUAGUAAUGAUCCGAUAAUUUCAUGGGUAUGGUCUUUUAUUGCUUCAUUAUAUUUGGGUAAUGAUAAAAUUGAGGCUGCUAAUGAAUUAGCUUCACUUGCUAAAGAUAAUGAUAGAAAUAAGAAGAUUAUCGUUGAAGAAGGUGGGGUUUUCCCUUUGUUGAAGCUGUUGAAGGACAAAAAUUCGGAUGCUCAAAUUGCUGCUCUUGUAGCGCUUUGUUAUUUGGCUAAUGACGAAGAAAGGGUUAGGGAGAUUGUGAGGGAAAUGGGGGUACCGGUGAUUGUUCAGCUCUUGGGGGAUUCGUCGACAAGAAUUCAAAUUAAGUGUGCUGAUUUGGUGGGAGGGAUGGCGGAGUAUAGUUUGUUAGCUCAAGAGGAGUUUGCUAGGGAGAAUGUGAUUAGGCCGCUUGUGACGUUGUUAUCAUAUGAUAUUUCAAUAGAUGAACCGAAAUUGGGAAAUGGGAAGCAAAGCAUACAUUCCAUUGUUCAGAUUAAUAAGGAGUUGGAAAGGAAUUCGUUGUCGGGGUUGUAUAGCUAUAAACGUGUACCUGGAUCGCCAUUGUCAUCGCAUUAUUCUGAUGGGAGUAGCAAAAGUGUGAGUAAUUACAGGAAGGAGAAAGAGAAUGAGAAGCCGGAAAUGAAGUAUCAAUUGAAGGUUAGCUGUGCUAAGGCUCUUUGGAUGCUUUCCAGAGGAAGUGUUGUGAUUAGUAAGAGGAUAACGGAGACCAAAGGUUUGCUUUGUUUGGCUAAGCUUAUCGAGAGGGAACAGGGAGAGUUACAGCUUAAUUGCUUGAUGACAAUAAUGGAAAUAACUGCUGCUGCUGAAUCAAAUGCUGAUCUUAGAAGGGCUGCUUUCAAGACGAAUUCUCCUGCCGCGAAGGCUGUUGUGGAUCAGUUAUUGAGGGUGAUUAAAGAAUCUGAUAAACCGACAUUACAGAUUCCGGCUGUUAGAUCAGUUGGUUCACUGGCUAGGACAUUUCCAGCGAGAGAAACUCGUGUAAUUGGUCCUUUAGUCGAGCAACUUAGUAAUAGGAACCUGGAUGUGGCAGCAGAAGCUGCUGCCGCUCUGGAAAAAUUUACUUGUCCUGAAAAUUUCUUGUGUACAGAGCACUCAAAAACGAUUAUUGAAUACAGAGGUGUACCCCCUCUGAUGAGACUGUUGAGAGGAAAUGAACGAUCGAAAUUGCAUGGGUUGAUGCUCCUCUGCUACCUAGCAUCACAUGCUGGUAAUAGUGAGGCUUUGGAACAAGCACGAGUAUUCACUGCUCUCGAGGGAGUAGAUCGCUCAUUAUUUGCCGUGCAUCCUGAGUUGAAGGAGUUGGUGCCAGAGGCAAUGUAUCACCUAAAUGUUUAUCACUCUGGUGUACUUACUGAGAGGCAAUAUAAUGGUCAUUGAUCAGCAAGUUGGAAAGAUUAUUAUAGAGCUGUACAUACAUUUGACGGGAGGGAAAAUGUAAUAUUUCAAUAUGACUUACCAAAUAAUACUUCUGUCAUUAUACCUGCACGGAGUUCUUGCCCUCGAGCUCCUCAUUGUUUGCUGUGAAGGUGGUGCUAUAUAGAAAUGAAAUUACCAAAUUCUUGCUCGUGCUUGUUGCUAAUCCCAUUCUUGUAAGUUCUUGUGAUACUUCUUUCUAUUUUUUUGAUCGGUAAAUAUGAGUAUUAGAUAUUAGCAUCAAAUAAGUGCUGAGGAGUAUGUACAGUACAGCAACACUACAGGUUUUGUAAUGUGCUCAAAACAUUCUAACAUGACUCCUACAUCAUUAAAUGGAGCCCAUAUUGCCCAAAUAUAUCUGAAUUUAACAAUUGAAACAGAUUCUUUCUGAAUUUAACAAUUGAAACAGAUUCUUUCUGAAUUUAACAAUUGAAACAGAUUCUUUCUUGUUCUCAAAGAUUCUAGAGUUCCUUUCCUUCCAGAUUGUCCAUGAGAUAGCUGCUGUAAUCGCGUUCCAUAACCUGAUUGUCGUAUUUCCUAGAGCUUUUCGUGCCUUCAUGAAAAAAUAUCCAAGGUAGAAUAAGGCAUAUUGUCCAUUUAAGGCCUAGUAGGUUGAAAAAAAAAUGCCAUAAUUAGGAGGUGAAUGAGCAAUGGAGGAAGGGGUGGUUGGCAUCUUCUGACUGAUGUUCGCAGAGUGAGCAUCUGCUGCAGAUUAUCUGACCUGUUUUUCACAGAUAGCAGUGCAGUUUUUUUUUUUUCCAUCCAAGUGAAGCAGAUGACGUUGGAGAGGGCUGCACUUUUCCGGAGUCUUUUCCAAGGACAAGCGGAGUUUAAAGCACUCCGGAAAGAAAUAAAUGACCUUUUCUGACAGUAAAUCUAUCAUCAGGAGCUCCCUUCCAUGACAACGUAUCAGACAUGAAAGUAGAUGAAUUGUGUAUCCGUUAGUUGCUGUGACAGUGAGCAAAAAUCUUGGACCUCCUAGUCAUUAAAAGGCCUUGUGAAAACGAUGUUUCACCCUGUUCUGUCCAAUUUUCUGAGAUCGUAGCAAGCGGAUAGGUGGCAACCCUGAACAGGUGAGAAUAGCAUUCCUUCAGAAAGGAAGUGCCAAGCAUAUCUUCCCAAAACUUAGCUUUUUUCCCAUUUUCCCGUCACCCUUACACCUUCCAUACGAUAAUUUACAAAGGUUAUUUUUUGUUGAACAAGUAGUGUACAUUAGUUCACUUUUAGUUUUUGCCUUUGUUAGGUCCAUUGUUUAUACCCCUUUUGAUGUUCCUGUGUCACUGGACAGGUUUUGUUCACAUCCCAAACAGAUAGAGAAUGCCUUAUGUCCGGUAAAUUUAGCGUUUGCUUAGUUCCUGUACUGGGAAAGUGAAUCCUCUAGUAUAAUGUUCAUAUUUACUUUUCAUUCCCUUCUUUUUUCAAUGCACUUUGGGCUUUUUUGUGUUUAAGGUAGAGGUGGCAAAAACCCAAUUCGGGUCAAAAUGGGUUGAGUUAAUAAUUGAGAAGUUACUUGGGCUGAGGUAAUAAAUGGGUUAAAGGUUUCCUUUUCAAGGAUCUGCUAAAGAGAAAAAGCUAGUUACAUCCAGAAUUUUCAGAGAGAAUAAAGGCUUUAAGAAUCAAGUGGUUAGUUUGUAACCAUUUAAAAGGCUCUGGUUUUUAGGAACAUGUACAUCAUGUUUUUCAAAUUCCACAACAAACAAUAAUAUCUAAUUGGCUUGCCAUGAAGAAUAAAAAACGCUUGAAGAACAUGCAACGUCUGCCAAAGAAAGGGAUCCGGUUCCUCUCCAUUUCUUUUCUUUCCAUUUUCCCCAAGUUCUAGUUUAGAUUAGGAACACAUGGCAUAGGUUAAAAUUAAUGACUAAGAUUUAAUUAACUAAAUCAAGGUCCUAACUAUGAUUAGAAUAACAAAUUAUUUCUUUAUUUACUUUGAAAAUUUUGAUAACCCCACAAUUCUAGCUAAAACAUUAUCUCUUCCAUCAAUAUAAAUUAUCUUCUCAUUCAAACAUGGAAAUUUAAAUUAACCCUGUGUCCCAAAAGAAAUUUAUCAACAUACGAGCUCUUCUCUUCCCAUUCAGAAAUGAGGUAUUAUUGUACCAAAUAAAAAAGGAGGUAUUAUACGUAAAUUUAGUGGGCCAAUUAAAUUAAUGAAUGUCCCUUAAAAAAUUAAACCAGUGUAGGAUAUAAGAAAAUUUAGAAGAAUAAAACAUAAUAUUUAUAAAAUUAAAAGUUAAAAAAUUAAAUUCCAAUAUUCUUAUUAAAUAACUAUGAACGUACACUGAAGAUUAACAACAAAAUAUAAAAGUUAUGUGCUUUAAGCGUUUAAUCAACAAAACAGAUGAUGUUCUUAAGUAGGAAAGAAUGAGAAAAGAUUUUUAAUAUAUUGAUGGAAGAGAUAAUGUUUUAGCUAAAAUUGUGGGAUUAUCAAAAUUUUGAAAGUAAAUAAAGAAAAUAUUUAUUAUUCUAAUCAUGGUUAGAACCUUGCUUUGAGGAGCCGGAUCCCACAGGAUUAGAAACGUAAACACCGGUUAUACAUAAGUCAUUAGCUAAGGUAACUCUUUUGGCUAUUUGUAUGACUAUAAAUCAAUUUCAUUAAUGAUAAAAUAUCAAGUUUAAAGUUAAAUUGAUUUUAAAAAAAAAAAAAGAUAUUCUAUUUAUGAGAAACUAAAGGGAAAAGUAUGUUACAUAAAUUGCAAAGCGAGUACAUUCACGCACCUAUUCACCUUUUGCUGCCCAAAAUUACCACCCCGCAUGUGCAACAAAAGAAAAAAGAAACCAUGCAGAAACAAUUUUCCCAUGAAACCACAUUCCAGUCCAUUGUAUAGAGAGACAAAAAGUAACUUGAUUUUAAUAACCACAGUAGCAGGUUUGAACCUUCCAAGGUCGGGGAUCCAAGUUAACAACCAUUUCUGGGAACUCUUCUUUUUCUUUCUGCAUAGGUAUUCUGCAAAAUCUUCCAGCUUGAGUGGGAUCAAGAAUCACAUCUAUUUCUUCUAUUUAUUAAUUGUUGAUGCUUACUGUUAGAGAUAAGUCACGUGAUCCCCAGCUUGUUGACUCCAAGGAUACGCAGCAUGAGGACUCCAAAGAUUAGCCGACUUCGGAUAGCGUAUGUAGUGUUUGUUUAGGAUUGUGUGCUGAUGAGUUGUAGAAUAAGAAGUUGUAUUGUACUAGGCUAUGUAAAGAUAGGAAUAGCAUGAGCAGCAGGACUCCACCAUAUACUGGAAGCACAAAUAGGCUUCCCCAGUGUAACGUUAUUAACAUAACAAUAAGAGCUUGAUUUCUCCUACACUGUUUUUUACAUAAUUCUUCACUUACCUC